AAGCAGAGGUUAAAAGAAAAAUGAAGGCUUUAAGGACACAGUUCGGGAAGAACUUAAGAGAGAUAAAGGAUGUACCCAGUGGCAGUGCGACCAAGGUGCCUUCAAAGCGAGCAGCUUGGUUGGUAGAGAGAAUGCAGUUUCUUGUACCCCACCUCGGUCAACGGAGCACGACAUCUAAUCUGGACAAGCAGACUGCAGUAUUUGAAAUGAAUUAUGAUGAUGAAUUGUCUGGGAAUGAAGCAGAGAUGAUGACUCAAGAGGAGGUUGAAGUUGACAUGCCAGGACCAAAGUCUACAAAUUGCCGUCGGCAGCACACGCAACCACUCAGUGGUGGCGAGUGGUGGCGUGUGCUGUGA